AUGCGUACUACUGGUAUUUCGCUGCCUCCCGAACUCCUCAUGAUCAUUUUCGAGGCGUGCGUCUCCAACGCCCACGCGCACGACGGCUUGACAUGGCAGUUCCACAUAUGCAAGCGUCGCUGCCUGAGCUGGGUCCGAGUCACGCGUGUAUGCCGCCAAUGGCGUUCCGUCGCGUUGGAGCACCCCAGACUGUGGUCCGCCAUAGUGAUGACCCCGGGCCGUCGCGAUGAACGGUUAACCGAGGCGAUGAUAGCGCGCUCUGCAGGCACUCGUCUCUCACUCUCCAUGGGUUCGAACAUAACUGGCGACGAGGGAAAGCUUGUACAGAGACUUAGUCAUGCGAAGGAGGUUGUUCUGCGAGCCUACCCCAAGUCCCUCGUCUCCCUCCUUGGCGAGCUUGAGACGCAGAGAGACCCUCCCAGAGACGACAUCGCAUUGGAGUCACUCAGUCUCACGCGGUUCCGCGGACUCCCUGACUGGAGCGACAACAACCACCCGGUUGCCGGAUGUCGUAUCUUUAAUGGCAACAAGCUACGGCGCUUACAUCUCAAUUCGUUUGCUUUGGGACGACACUUGCCCGGUUUUCUCAAAGGGAUGGUAAACCUGCAAGAACUAUCCCUUUCCUCUACCAUACGUUCCCGGAUCGACUCAGGGCCUAUCAGACCCAAAGUUGACCUUCCCCGCCUCUCCCGACUCCACAUGGAAGAACCGAUACACUCAUGCAAGGCAUUCGUCGACUCGCUUGACCUCUCAGAGCCCCUUGAAUACAUGGGGCUAGACAGCAGAAACGGACGUCGCGACCCCUCCGCAUUCUUCGCCGACGUUCUUGGCAUGCUCAACCACCACUGCCUGAUGAACACGAGCGCCGACAGCUCAUCUGCUAUCCCGGAACCUUCGCAGUGGUGUAGCGCGCUUAGCAUCAGGUCAUUGACACGCCGUGGUUGCACGAAGAAUCAGUACUGGUUCAAGACAAAUUUGAGCUUUGUUGUCUGGCCAGUAAAUCUAGCACCCAGUGUCUCGAAGGCAUUCGAUAUUGUCAAGGGCACGAAUUCGUCAUGGGACCAUCCAGAGAUAAAACCUACAGCAUUAUCUGCAGUCCUCGCAUCGAAUCCUGCCAUCUUCAUCCGCAGCAUAUUCGAGACUACCUUGAACGUCGUUUCGUCUGCGUUUUCAUGCUGUUCACUCGUACUUCCCCAAUCCGUCGUCUGCGCAGUUAUCGACGACAUCCCACACGAAGACGUCAAUAAAGACAGAGUAACAAAUAUUCUCUCUGAGAUGCCGUUUCUUCGGUCUCUAGAAAUCGGCGGUGGCUCUCUUCUCGAUGUCAUCGCCGCACUGCACCCAGCCAACAACGCCACUGAAGCUGCUCUCGCUCCACGGCUGAGACAACUCGUGUUGUCAUCCAACAAGCGGGCAGAUGGCUGGUUUGGCCCUCUCGUGUUGUGCCUAUCCGCACGCAAAGAAAUAGGACAUCCGCUUCAGCAGCUGUCAUUCCGUGGGCAGGUGAGGAUCACGGUGGACGAGCUGCAAGUGCUUCAAGGCAUACCGGUCGCUGUGACAUGGAACGAUUCGUCGGACGCUUGA